CCUGUCGCCUGAAUCUUUCUCCUUGAAGCCGCGACCCGCGUCACGUGACUUCUCCAAGAUGGCAGACACGGCCAGUCAGGUGCUGGUGGGCUCCUGCCUCACGGUUGUGUCCCACCCGUUAAUGUACGUGAAGAUGCUGGUGCAGGUGGGACAUGAGCCACUGCCUCCUACCUUGGGGCGAAAUCUGUUUGGACGGCAGGUGUACCAGCUUCCGGGCCUGUUUGCAUACGCAAAACACAUAAUUAGCAUUGACGGGAAGAGCGGGCUGUUCAAGGGCCUGGCUCCCAGACUAUGCGCGGGGGCCGUCGGGACUGUGGUACACAGCAAAGUCUUGCAGCGCUACCAUGAACUUGAACAAAAAGAGGAGGGCGAUGCUGAAUACAAAGACAGCUCAACAUCACUUGACCAUGUUAUCAAACAGACCACACAGGAGAUGGUUGCUCGUUCAGCGGCCACCCUCAUCACACACCCUUUCCAUGUGAUCACGCUACGAUGUAUGGUCCAGUUCAUUGGGAGAGAGACCAAGUAUAAUGGGGUGUUUGGAUCCAUCAUCACGAUAUACAAAGAAGAAGGAAUUCUAGGAUUCUUUGCGGGUCUUGUUCCAAGGCUAUUAGGAGAUAUCAUUUCUCUGUGGAUCUGUAACACGGUGGCUUAUCUCCUCAACACGUAUGCCCUGGAUAAUGGGGUUGUUGGGGAGAUGAAAAGCUACUCGCAAGCAGUUACUGGGUUCAUAUCCAGUAUGCUGACAUACCCGUUUCUCCUGGUUUCUAACCUGAUGGCUGUUAAUAACUGCGGACUGGCUGGAGGCAGCCUCCCCUACGCGCCUGCGUAUACCUCUUGGAUAGACUGCUGGAGCCAACUCAAGAGAGAGGGUAACAUAAAUCGUGGAAAUAGUCUGUUUUUCCGUAAGGUGCCUGCAGGAAAAAGCUACAUUUUUGAACAGAAGAGAUUUUAUUGAAGGGAGAAACAGUAGGAUCUGCACCUAAAGCUGCUCCCUCUGCCUGGAGAAUUAAUUUAAUUUGUACACAUUUUGUUUACAAUAAUGUAUGAUUCUAUUUUUUUAAUAAUCAUUCAUUCUUGGGAACACAGUUGUGUAUGGCUAUCUUAAAUUUAAAAAUGCAGAUGUCCUCCCCCCCCCCGUUUCAAUCUUUUCCUUUGCCGCGUUGGACUCCCAGCGCGCGGUGCCAGGGGCGUUCUAGGUUUCUACCAGCCAAAGUUUUUAAGAAGCCUACUUUAAAGACACGAUCCAUCGGUUUGUCCAUAACUUCUGUCCAUAUUUUUAUACCCAGUGCGUGAUGUUCUAUCUAAGCUGAAGGCUCUUACGUGUACGAGAAGCCCCCUGAUGUCAGGCGGUGCUGCAGAAGACUGCGCACCCUCUGAAAAGUGGAAGGGCUUCCCCGCGGCCGUGCAAAAAACCUCACUAUGCACACAAUCAAGAAUAAAUAUGUACAAAAAGAUAAAGUACGUCGCGCACGUUUGUGUUCUGAUAAUUGUCCGGCUUCCAGACCUUCCCUGACGUCUUGUCCGGCAGCUCCCGUGUUGUAAUAUCUGUUUGGAACGUGAAUGAAAGCGGCAGCGUUUUGCUUCUAAUAAACCUGUCGUUUGUGGUG